AGUGAACAUUUCAAAAUAAAGACAAUAUAACAUGAUAUAAUAUUAUUUACACGUUGACCCACAGGGGCCGUUAGAGGUCGGUGUAAUCCAGCAUUGCGCCGUGGCUCCUCCCGACCAGCAGGGGGCGGUACAGAAACGUCCCCUCCGGAUUCCGGUAACACUCUUUGCUUUCAGACAAAGAAUGUCGUAAUUAAACAAACGUUGUAACGUUACAGCUGAUGUGUUAUUCAUGAUAAUUCAGCACACAUCAUUUGCAUCAGAACAUAACUCAUAGUCGCUUCGUUGAAGUCGCCGAUACGUUUGGAAUAAACGAGGACGUCGUGAUGAGCGGCAAUGUUUUAAAUGAUAGUAUUUAAAAAAAGGUUCAUAUCAUGUCCGACCCAGUUAAGACCACCUCGGACAGUCUUUGUAAACUGGUCCGCUGGGCUCACAGCCACGGAACCAUCUGCGACCUCAUCCCCAGCCUGCAGCACCUCACCUGUGGUUCCCAUGGAAAUGAGCUGACUCCUGAACCUGGUCUCCAUGGUAGCAGUGUACCUGUUGCCGUGUGGGGUUGUGCUGCCGGCCACUCCUACCACUGGCCCCUCAGUGACCAUAACAACAGCUGGAGAGGCUCAACAAACACCAGCCAAGGCCAGGAAAGGUUUGUUGGAGGUCGCUGGUCCAGUAAGGUGACAGCGAGAGCGUCACGUGACCUCUGCUAUGGCGAGGCAGCACCAGUCGGGGAGGAAAGCAGCAGCCAGCGGUUUGACAUCGCUGGGUGUGAUUCCUCGGCCAUGGACGAAGACGGUGACUGCGAGCCUCGCCCAUCCAGGAAAAGAGGCGGGGCACCAGGAGGAGCAAUAACCAGGAAGACGGUCAAGAUAGAAGCGACCUGUGCCGAGGACCACGACGCUGCUGCCAAUGCAGCGGCCGCGGACGCCGGUCACGAGUCACUGGCUUCUCGGGCAACAAACACACACUCUCAAAUCACGUGCGCACUGUUUCCCAAAAAGCACCUUUCACCCCCCCCUCACCCACUGCAUGGGCAGUAUCUGGGGUGUGAGAGGUCAGAGGGCCCAGGGACGGAGCCGCUGGGAGGAGGCGGCUGCACGACGGGGAACACGGAGCGGGCCGAGAGGAGCUGCUCCGCCACAGGGGCCACGGAGAGGACCGCGGGGGAGCAGGACGAGCUGGAGACGCUGCACGCGUUACUGCGUGCAGAACGCAGCCGUAACCAGCAGAUGACGGACAUCAUCUCCGGCCUGAAGCAGGACAAAGAGCUCCUGCAGAAUGAACUCACCAAGAAAGCGGAACUCAUCUGUGACUUUCUGCAAGACAAACUGCGGCCAGAAAAGAGGUGGCCUUGCUGCUCCGACCCGAUGGAGGCGGGAAGUUCACACGUGCCCUCUUCUGACGACGUGCAAGGGGUCGAUUCCCCGAUGCUGUUCGACUCCUUUGAGGAAAUGGAGCUUCACCCUCUGGACCACGGCCAGCGCACCCUGAAGAGCAAGAGAAGCCGGGACGGAGAGAACCCGCGCGUGAGGAUGAAAAACGUGGCGGGCGUCAUAGCGCGCUACGUGGCGGCCCUGCAGGAGUUUCGCCGCAGCGUUUCCAUGAAGGUGGCCUUCGACCGGGUGGGCGUGGACCGCAACACAAUCUCCCGCACGGCGGCCAUAGCCGAGCUCAGUCUGGCUGCCCCCGUGGUGUUUGACGCCAUGGCACCGUGGGACGAGAAGGAGGAGACGCUGGCCCAUUAUGCCCACCGCUGCCGACAGGCCAUGGACGACGGCAUCAAGGCCAAGAUCAAAACCAUGAAGGCAAAAGGCGAACUGCUGCCCAUAGUGUCGAAGUGACUGACCGCAGCGGCCGAAUCUGAAGACCGCAACGCAUUCUUCACGUAGGCCUACGUGUAAAAAAAAAAGGAAGCCCACCCCUGGAGGCUUGGAUAAUGAACCUUCUGAGUUUAUGGUCCUCAACAAGUUUCACGAAUUGUAUGACUUUCUGUUGUAAUUCUAAUUUCCCUUUUCACAAAGCUGUAUCAUUGUGUGGUCAGUGGUCACGUGACACUCAGGCUAAAGUUAUACUCGAGUGGUUGAAAGAAAGAAUAAGCUCUUGUUGUCAGCUUCUCCGAGCCUGUCAUAUGAAACAGUCAUUGUAGCUGAGGAUGCAUUAUUACCCCGUUUUAACAACAAAACAAUAACAAGGGAUGCGAUCUCCACAUGCCGCUACACCAAAUUUGACCAGGGGCGAAAAGUUUAUUGUGAGGGGGGGGGUUAAUGGCUCUUAUCAACACCUUACCUUUAGCCCCUUGAUGAUGGACCCCACCCAUUAUGAAACUUGGCCUUCACCUUCACACUACACUUUCCUCUAAAGUUUCAUGGCUGCAUCUUGCACGGUUCCAACGCCAUCGAGCUGAAACUAGAGAGUCCGCGUUUAGCCAUGACGACACACAUAUAGACUCACAUGGGGGGAAAUAGCCACUAGCCACUUUCUGAUUAAAUGGCAUCACUUUCAAAGUUUCAGUCAAUAGUCUGAUCAAGAAGUUGUUUUUUUUAUGCAUGUUGCGUGGAUUUUUUUAGGUCUGUCUAAUAGUAUGAAUUGCAUUGUGAAGUUAGACAUGGAUAUUCUUUCGCUUCAGAAAGGAAUACAUUCGAAGUGAGGAAACAUUACUACUCCUAAAUCCUGUGUGAACAUAGCGGUUCUUUGCUGCUAACACCAUCUUUUUAUAUUUGCAAAAAUAAGAAACUGAAAUUCAAUAUCUAAUUGAAUGUAGCAAUUUUAUUAUCCAAAUGUUGAAAAAAAAAAAAAGUAAAACCCUGACCAAAAGUGUUGUGGAUCAAUGCUGUG